AUGCUGCCGAGUCCAGCCAUGAGCUCGUCCACCACGCCUUUCUCCGUCAAGGACAUCCUGAAGCUGGAGCUGCAGCAGCAGUCCCAGCAACACCAGCGGUUCAUCUCGCGCCUGGGACCGGGUCCGCUCCCGGCUCCGUUUCGCUCCCACUCGCCUCCUUCCUGCAUGCUGGCCGGCAGGGACAGCCCGAGUCCCGGCUCGUGCGUGUCGGAGAGCGAGGAGAGGAUGUCGUACGUCAACGCGCACAUGUUGCAGGAGCGACUGGGCGAGUCCGGGCUAGCGGGGGAGAUCUUCGCGAGCCAGAUGCAGAGCCAGUCGGCGAGCCUGGACGCCGAGCAGGAGGACCUGGACACCAAGAGCCGCGUGCCGAUGCCGGGCGAGUGUGAGGAGGCGGACCCGGAGAAACCCUCCAAACAGCAGCGGACCCGGAGGAAACCGCGGGUCCUGUUCUCGCAGGCUCAGGUGUUCGAGUUGGAGCGGCGCUUCAAGCAGCAGCGCUACCUGUCCGCGCCCGAGCGCGAGCACCUGGCCAGCUCGCUGAAGCUCACCUCCACGCAGGUGAAGAUCUGGUUCCAGAACAGGCGAUACAAGUGCAAACGGCAGCGGCAGGACAAGACCCUGGAGAUGGCCGGCCACCACCACCACCCCCACCCCCACCACCACCACCCGCCGCCGCCGCCGCCGCCCCGGAGGGUGGCCGUCCCGGUGCUGGUCCGGGACGGGAGGCCUUGUCUAGCCGGAUCGCAGAACUAUAACACGACCUCCUACGCGGUCGGAGCGCCGAACCCGUACGGCUACAACGGCUAUCCGGCCUACAGCUACAACACGUCGAUGUACUCCAACACCUACUCCUGUACUUACUCCAGCGUGCCCGCCCUGCCGCCCAGCAGCACCGCCGCCAACGCCUUCAUGAACAUGAACCUGGGCAACGUGAGCGCGCAGUCCCAGACCCAGGGCGUCCAGGGCUCGAUGGUCGCACCCUGCCAGGGAGCUCUGCAGGGCAUCCGGGCGUGGUAG